CCCAGCGUCCCGCGGGCCCAACCUCCCGGUGCCCGCUGCUCAGGCCCGUCCGCCGCAGUCUCCACCGCAGCUGCUGGGGCGAGCGGAGCUUGGAGGCCAGCCUGGAGGAGGCGGCACACUUCCCGGGACCGUACCCCACCCGGCCCUCGCCCGCCUACUAGCAGGGCGGCAGUGGCCAGAGUAAGAAGGCGACUCGGUGCUCACCGUGCACGCAGCACCGAAGGAGGAGCCCAGAGAGCACCCCUUCAACCGGGACGCCUCCGGGGAGCCAGCAGGAUAGCAGCCCCUGCAUCAGCCAGCAGCAUGGCCUCGCUGCUCCUGUGCCUGCUGGCCGCCCCUGCCCUGGCACAUGCCCCAGUGGCCUUACAGGACACCCUGGAAGGGGACAGCUCGGAGGACCACGCCUUCAGCGUGCGCAUCUCUAGGGAGGCGCCCCUGCGGGCGGCAUUGGGCGGCUCCAUCACCAUCCCGUGCCAUGUCCACUACCUGCGGCCCCCGGCCAGCCGCCGGCCUGCGCUGGGCUCCCCGCGGGUCAAGUGGACCUUCCUGGCUGGGGGCCGCGAGGCUGAGGUGCUGGUUGCUCGCGGGCUGCGCGUCAAGGUGAGCGAGGCCUAUCGCUUCCGCGUGGCGCUGCCCGCCUACCCCGCGUCCCUCACCGACGUGUCCCUGGUGCUAAGCGAACUGCGGCCCAAUGACUCGGGCAUCUACCGCUGCGAGGUCCAACAUGGCAUAGAUGACAGCAGCGACACCGUGGAGGUCAAGGUCAAGGGAGUCGUCUUUCUCUACCGAGAGGGGUCUGCACGCUACGCUUUCUCCUUCAAGGGGGCCCAGGAGGCAUGUGACCGCAUUGGGGCCCGAAUUGCCACCCCAGAGCAGCUCUACGCUGCCUACCUAGGGGGCUAUGAACAGUGUGAUGCUGGAUGGCUCUCAGACCAGACUGUCAGGUAUCCCAUCCAGACCCCACGAGAGGCCUGCUAUGGAGACAUGGAUGGCUUUCCUGGGGUCCGGAACUAUGGCAUGGUAGACCCAGAUGACCUCUAUGAUGUUUACUGCUAUGCUGAAGACUUGAAUGGGGAGUUGUUCCUGGGUGCUCCCCCAGACAAGCUGACGCUGGAGGAGGCUCGGGCAUACUGCCGGGAACGGGGCGCUGAGAUCGCCAGCACAGGCCAGUUGUAUGCAGCCUGGGACGAUGGCCUGGAUCGCUGCAGCCCGGGAUGGCUGGCUGAUGGCAGUGUGCGCUACCCCAUUGUCACCCCCAGCCUGCGCUGUGGCGGGGGCCUGCCUGGAGUCAAGACACUCUUCCUCUUCCCCAACCAGACGGGCUUCCCCAACAAGCACAGCCGCUUCAACGUCUACUGCUUCAGAGAUUCUCUCCAGCCCUCUGCCAGCCCCAAGCCCACCUCUGACCCAGCCUCCAACGGACUGGAGGCCAUCAUGACAGUAACAGAGACCCUGGAGGAGCUGCAGCUGCCACGAGGAGCUGUGGAGAGCGAGUCCCGAGGAGCCAUUUACUCUAUUCCCAUGCCAGAGGACAGCGCUGGAGGAAGCUCCACUCCAGAAGACCCAGCAGAGCCCCCUAGGACUUCCCUAGAAUUUGAAACCCAAUCCAUGGCUCCACCCAAAGGAUCCUCAGAAGAGGAUAGCAAGGUACUGCUGGAGGAAGAUAAAUAUGAAGAGGAGGAGGCAGAGGAAGAGAAGGAGGUGGAGGACGAGGAUCUGUGGGCCUGGCCCAGUGAGCUCAGCAGCCUGGACCCCAAGGUCCCCACGGACUGGGCCCUAGAGGAGUCACUGUCCCAGGCAUCCUUACCAGCAAGGGUAACCCUGCAACCUGAGGCCACACCACCUCCCAGGAGAGCACCAGAGGCCCCCGGGCCUCCAAGGGUCCUUGGGCCCCCCACUGCUGCUCUUCCCACUCCUAGGAAAGGGAGCUUGGCAUCCCCCCCACCUGCCACUCCGACUGGGGAGAGAGAGGUGAGGGAGGAGGCUGGGUCUCCUGAGCUCUCUGGGGCCCCUCGAGGAGAAGAGAGUGAAGAGACAGGGAGUUCCGAAGAUGCCCCUUCCCUGCUUCCAGCUACGUGGGCCCCCUCUGUGGAGAAUUCUGGAAGAACUGUCCCAGUGGGGACCUCAGUGCGGGCCCAGCCAGGGCUGCCCACUGACAGCAGCAGUCGAGGUGGAGUGGCCGUGGCGCCCUCAUCAGGUGACUGUAUCCCCAGUCCCUGCCACAAUGGUGGGACAUGCUUGGAGGAGGAGGAGGGGGUCCGCUGCCUAUGUUUACCUGGCUAUGGGGGGACCCUGUGUGAUGUUGGCCUCCACUUCUGCAGCCCGGGCUGGGAUGCCUUCCAGGGUGCCUGCUACAAACACUUCUCUGCGCGGAGGAGCUGGGAGGAGGCAGAGGGCCAGUGCCGGCAGUUCGGGGCGCAUCUGGCCAGCAUCAGCACACCGGAGGAGCAGGACUUCCUCAACAAUCGAUACCGCGAGUACCAGUGGAUUGGGCUCAACGACCGGACCAUAGAGGGCGAUUUCCUGUGGUCAGACGGCGAGCCACUGCUCUAUGAGAACUGGAACCCCGGGCAGCCUGACAGCUACUUCCUGUCGGGAGAGAACUGUGUGGUCAUGGUGUGGCAUAACCAGGGGCAGUGGAGUGACGUACCCUGCAACUACCACCUGUCCUACACCUGCAAGAUGGGGCUGGUGUCCUGCGGGCCUCCACCUGAGCUGCCCUUGGCCCAAGUGUUUGGCCGCCCACAGCUGCGCUAUGAGGUGGACACGGUCCUUCGGUACCACUGCCGUGAGGGGCUGGCCCAGCGCAACCUGCCCCUGAUCCGCUGCCAGGAAGAUGGUCGCUGGGAGUACCCCCAGAUUGCUUGUGUGCCCUACAGGCCUGCUCAAGCACACCCAGAGAAGACCCCCAAAGAUCAGGGGAGGCUCGGGGGCCACUGGAAAGUUCUGUUGCCCCCUCCUUCAAAUCCCUAGGGGCCAGAGCUCACAAAGCAGCUUUCUCCUCACACCGCCCUAGCUCCCCAGACCUCCAUCAACCCCAGCUGGUGCUCAGUUCACCACCAGAGGUGAUGUCCUGAGAGGGAGUUGGAGCUGGAGUCCAGGUGAUAGCACCUGAAGGGCUUCUGGGAAAUACCUGUGCUGCUCCAGCCCACCUGGGCCCUCUCAUUCCUGGCCCAUGCCUUGGGUCUUCCCCUCAGGUCCUUGAGUAAACCCCUAAGUGCCUUCAUUGCUCUCUUCUUGCCAGCCACCUGUCUCCUUCACCCCCUAUUCUCAGCUGUCCACAGGGGUGGAUGGAUGGAGAUGCAGUAAAACCAGCAGGAAUAAAGCUGUGUGUGAGCCCAA